GCAGGUCCUGGAUGCGCCGAGGGCUGAGCGAGGGGAGCAGGAAAAGGGUGGCCGCAGGGCUCCGGAGGUGUCGAUGAGGGAAGGCGACGGCGGCAUGGUGAAGUGGCCGAGGAAGUGGUCUGGCUUGCAAGGGCUGAGCUGCUGGCCGGUGUCGAGGGCUUGAGGAAAGGUUGCCUUCGGGCAGAGGCUGGCUCCAGUGCGCGGAUUCCGUACGUUGAGCUCCGCUUGCUGAGGCAAUGGAGGAGGAACAAGCCGCCGGUGCGGAGCCCCAGGGGGACAGCGCCAUGCCCGAGAGUUUCUCCAGGCUCUGGACCGAUGUCAUGGGGAUCUUGGAUGGAUCAUUGGGCAACAUUGAUGACCUGGCUCAACAAUAUGCAGAUUAUUAUAAUACCUGCUUUACUGAUGUAUGUGAGAGAAUGGAAGAGUUGCGCAAACGGAGAGUUUCACAAGACCUUGAUGUGGAGAAAUGCGAUGCCAGCUCCACAUCUCUACAGCUGCGAUCCCAGAUUGAAGAAUCCCUUGGCUUCAGCAGUGUUGUAUCAACCCCAGAAACAGAAAGAAAGCUCUCUUUUCAUAAAUCAAGUUCCGAAGAAAGCUCUGUAGGUAAAGGAGAUUGGAAAAAGAAGAAUAAGUAUUUCUGGCAAAAUUUCCGAAAGAACCAGAAAGGGCUAAUGAGGCAGUCUUCAAAAGGAGAAGAUGUUGGUUAUGUGGCCAGUGAGAUCACAAUGAGUGAUGAGGAGCGGAUCCAGCUAAUGAUGAUGGUCAAGGAAAAGAUGAUCACUAUUGAGGAAGCACUUGCGAGGCUUAAGGAAUAUGAAGCACAACAUAGGCAGUCAGGCAGCAUGGACUCUUCUGACUGGCCUGAUGGUCCUUACCCAACUCUUGAUGGGUCUUCCAAUUGUAAUUCAAGAGAGCAAUCAGAUGAUGAAUCGGAAGAAUUGGUGAAGUUUAAGAGACUACAUAAAUUGGUCAACUCAACUCGCAGAGUCAGGAAGAAAUUAAUAAGAGUGGAAGAAAUUAAAAAGCCCAGCACUGAAGGUGUAGAAGAGCAUUCAUUUGACAGCUUUCCAGUACCAGAUGACAGAUCGGCACUUUAUUCUGGAGUUCAAAAGAAGCAUGGCUACUUGGAUAGUUCUUCUGAGAAGCAACCAGAUGAUGACUCAGACUCACUCACCACGUCUCCUUCAUCUAGCAGCCUAGACACUUGGGGUACUAACAAGAAGUUGCUCAAGACCUUUAGUAAAUCUGAUAGCCGUGGCCUUAUUAAGCCUCCAAAGAAGCUUGGGACAUUCUUCUCCUACCCAGAAGAGGAAAAAACUCCAAAGGUUUGUCGCUCCUUGACAGAUGGAGAGAUGAAGAAGAACCUUGGCUCUCUGAGCCACGGGAGGACCUGCAGCUUUGGUGGAUUUGACUUGACAAAUCGCUCAUUACACAUUGGAAACAAUUUGGAUCAGAUGGGCAAAGAUGGUGAUUUUGUUUACAAAGAAGUGAUCAAAUCCCCUUCUACUUCCCGCAUAUCCCUUGGCAAAAAGGUGAAAUCUGUAAAAGAAACCAUGAAGAAACGAAUGUCAAAAAAAUAUAGCAGUUCUUUGUCAGAGCAGGACUCCAGCCUGGAUGUAAUGCCAGAAUCCCCUCAGUCACCACAGGCAGAUACUGAAUGUCUGGAUAAACCCAAGCUGAAAGCUGGUGGUUCAGUAGAAAGUUUGAGAAGCUCCCUAAGUGGUCAGAGUUCAAUGAGUGGACAGACAAUAAGCACAACGGAUUCCUCGGCCAGCAACAGAGAGAGUGUCAAGUCUGAAGAUGGUGAUGAUGAAGAACUUCCAUAUAGAGGACCUUUCUGUGGCCGUGCCAGGGUUCACACUGACUUUACCCCCAGCCCAUAUGACACGGACUCCCUGAAGCUCAAGAAGGGUGACAUCAUUGAUAUAAUCAGCAAACCUCCCAUGGGUACCUGGAUGGGACUGCUGAAUAACAAAGUGGGUACCUUCAAAUUCAUCUAUGUUGAUGUGCUAAGUGAAGAUGAAGAAAAGCCAAAAAGGCCGACAAGGAGGCGACGAAAGGGGAAACCACCUCAGCCAAAAUCUGUUGAGGAUCUCCUUGACCGCAUCAAUUUAAAGGAGCACAUGCCCACCUUUCUGUUCAAUGGCUAUGAAGACUUAGAUACCUUCAAGCUUUUGGAGGAAGAAGACUUGGAUGAGCUCAACAUUCGGGACCCUGAGCACAGAGCAGUUCUCUUGACAGCUGUGGAAUUGCUACAGGAAUAUGACAGUAACAGUGACCAAUCAGGAUCUCAGGAGAAACUCCUCCCAGAUGGCCAGGGUGGGUGCUCCCCCCGGGAUUCAGGCUGCUAUGAAAGCAGUGAAAACCUGGAGAAUGCUAAGAGUCGAAAAACUUGUCUCCUGCCUUCAAAAUUACCCAGUGAAUAUAGUUUUAAGGAUUUCCACAGAAAUCCUCUGGUUACUCUUCCUUUGACUAAAUCAAUAGAUGUUCUUCAGCAAAGAGAAAAGAUGCCAUUUAGUUGCAUGCAUCAUGUUAAAAAGAGCUGUCUCAAGUUCCCUGCAAUGACAGCCCUAAAGAAGAAUCGCCGAAGUUUACCAGUUGGCAUCUGUCAGAGCUGUGGGACUCUGGAAGGCAACCAGAACAUGCUUACCUGGCCAAGAUCUCAUUCUUUGGGUGACCUACAGGGAGAAAUUGACUCCAAGAUAGAAGACUCUGUAAAGAAGCUGGAUGGUUUUCCUCAAGGUGCAUUUGAUCUAACAAAAAAAUCAAUUAGCUAUGACGGUAGUGGGCAAGUGGCGGAACAAUUGAUGGCUAAAAAUAAAGAUGGCACUAUUUCUCUUAAGGGAAAAGCAAAGGAACUGCACUUCUCCCCAGCUAUCCCUUCCAGUGGAACACUUCCUCUGUUCCUCUCUCGGAACUGUGAAGUUCGGUCAUCUUCACUUUCAAAUGACAUAACAUGGACAUCCCUUGAAAAUUAUAAAAAAAGUAGUCCUGAUGUUGGAAGGACUGAUCAUUCUCCAGUCCUCAAGGAAAUAACAGAAGCGGGUCAGAAGGGUGUAGGCGAGGCAAGAAUGCAGCCAAAAACCUCUUCACAGCCCCCACCAGUCCCUGCAAAAAAAAGCAAAGAACGCCUUUCUAAUGGACAUUGUCAUCCUCCUUCAGCCCUUUGUAGUACAGAUGUCCCAUCUUUGCCAGCAAAAAAGACUACCCCAUCUAGCCCCACUGAUUCCCAUGUAUUGUCCCUUUCCAAAUCAUCUCCUGAACAGGAGCCUAGUAGCCCUUCAUGUGUACGGCCUCCUUGGUUUUCAGAUCUUCCAGAGACUUCCAGCAUCCAGCAACAUGUCUUAAAAUUUGGUCCUUCUUCAGCAAGGAAAAUCUCCUGUAAUAGAGGACUGGACCUGGAAAUGUUGAUAGAAAACAAAUUGCUAUCUGAAGAUAUUGAUCUCACAGAAGACCCGUAUUCUGACAAGCAUGGUCGCUGUGGGAUUCCUGAAGCUUUGGUGCAAAGAUACUCUGAAGACCUAGAGCAGCCUGAAAAGGAAGUUGCUACAAACAUGGACCAGAUCCGGGUGAAACAGCUGAGGAAGCAGCACCGUAUGGCAAUUCCAAGUGGCGGCCUAACUGAAAUCUACCGAAAACCUGUGUCUCCUGGACAUAUCACUUCCAUAGCUGAUUGGCUGGUUUCUAUUGGCCUCCCAAUGUACUCAGGUCCCCUCAUGGCAGCAGGAGUUAAUGACUUAAGCAAAGUGCCUUCUCUGUCACAAACUUGCCUUCAGGAAGCUGGCAUCAGAGAAGAGAGGCACAUCAGCAAACUUCUUGCAGCUGCAAGACUCUUCAAUUCCGAGAUAAUUUAACAUACUUUGGAAUGUAGUAUUUGCCUAUAGAAUAAUCUACAGUUCCUUCAGUAUCCAUUUCAUCUAUAAUUUCUACAGGAGACCAAGCAAAACAGGUUCCUGGGAAGGACUGAAUCAAUCUCUGUCUCUUUCUCCUCCCUAGUACAUAAAGGAGAAUAGAAACAGUUUGUCAACUGAGGGGGGGAUGGUACUUCCUAAUUCCACCUCUUUCUCCUCCAACUGAAUACAAAAGAGAUUAUUUUAGUUCUUAAAUCAUCUUUGGCCUGAUAGGAUUGUCUACGUCUGUUGCAAAAAAGGGAGCCUUCUAUGUACUCAGAAAUAUUUAAAAAGUACGCUAUCUAAGCCUUAGGCAUUAGAGAAAAAUGGUUGAGGGAAGGGAAUAGUGUUAGGCCUUUGGAUGUUUUGAGUCACCCGAUUGGUAAAAAGGUAAUUCACUGACCACCAAUCAUGGUUACAAUCCUAAAUCUACAUACAAAUAAGAACACCCCAGAGGAAAUGAGCAAAUACACUAUGGAUGCAUUAAUGAGGCUCUCCACUUACCCUUUUCAUUCUAGCAAUCAGUUGUAUAAAAAAUAAGCCUCAUCUUCCUUUUGAAUACGUUUGAGGUAGUUUUACAGGCUGCUGAACCUCUAGGUAGGCCAAAGUUAUGACCUGCAUUUAUAUUACAACUGAUCCAACCUUUCUGGCAGUGCAACAUACCAGACCAACGCAGAAAAUUCCUUGUCUGCUUAGAAUUAAAGUAAUUUUUAUAGCUGCCUUUUUAGCUCUCCACUUUUUAUUUGCCUUAAUAUAUGCUUCUGAGCAUUUCAUGCUGCAGCAACUAUGUUUCCCCAGAUCUUACUUUGUUGCCACUACUGUUGAAAAACUGACAAAUUUUUCCUCUAAAGCCGUUUCUGUAGAUUAUCUCAUGGUAAUAACUUUUGUAAAGCAGCUGCUUUUUUAAAAUCAAAGUUCAGUUCUCAGGCUAACAAUAUAUAUAUAUAUAUAUAAAAGCUCUGCUUUUAAUGUUUAUUGCAAUUUGAUGUAUUGUGUUAUACUUCAAAUGCUAUGCUACAGCUUUGACUUGGUAUCCUGACCAUAUCAGUGGUAAAUGCUGGUUUUUUUAAAAGGAUCAAGGAAAGGUUAUGCAGGGGAAGUCAACUGAACUAAAUAAGCAAAGUAUGUCUCAUGCACAGCACUAGAAUAAUAAUUAUAUUUCUUUUUUUGGAAAAUAGUUUACAUUGUAUUCUUGCAAACAUCAAACACCCUCCCUGUUGUAGAUGUUGAAGGAUGCAGUCCCAGUUGGGAGUAAGCUCCAUGGACCACCAUAGUAGUUAUUUCUGAGUUAACAUGCAUAGUAUUGUACUGGAAAUGACUUGGUUAGACUAAAAAUCACAAUUCUGAACAGCUUGAACAGUCAGUUCUCUCUCCAUACUACUACAUUUUUGUUUUCUAAAAUGAUUAAAAAGUAUAAAAUUUCCUACCUGCUUUUGUGAAUAUAAAGUUUAUUUUUGUACAUGAAGACCAGGCAUUUUGUAUACCAAAUAAGCUCAUUUUGAGUCAUAGUGUAUAGAUUAUUCUGUAGUACCCAUAAACAACUAGUUUCCUUUUCAUUUUACAAGAAUAAAGCCUUUUCAGGAUGGACAAGCAAGUGGAAUAUGUAACAAACUCAGGCCACUGGAAACUCAAGGAUCUACUUCUAACUAGCUCUACAGCAACAUCAAGCUAUUCAUUACAACUUUUUGUGCUUCCCUUAUUCUGCCUAUAAAGUGAAAAUGGUUUAUGUAGCUUCUUAAAAUGCAUUGAAUGCAAACAGAACAUUAUACAAUAAAUGCGAAAGGCAGUGAUGUUGCAUACCACCAAACUGCUUUGGACCCUAUUUAAAAUAUCUUUAAGCAUCAGAUUUUUAACAUACAUUAUCUAAAAUUGUUGUGACCAAAGCUGUUCUGAUUUUCCUUCCUUUUGGAAGCAUGAAGAAGUAAGUUCUAACAGGAUGGCAAUGGAGAAUGUGAGACAUAAUUGAAUGUGUUUUUUUAAAGAAAGCUAACCUCAUAAAAAUUAACAGUUGCUUCCAACUGUAAAUUUUAAUCCUAAACACACACUGCAAUCCUAAACAGGGGUAUUCUAGUCUAAACCCAUUGAAAUUAGUGGGAUUAGACUGGAGUAGCUCUGUUAAGGAUAGCACUGUGAGUUGGAAGUGCAUUCUUUUACAGUCAGAGGAAUGAAAUUCAAAGAUACAUGCCACAGAAGUUCCAUUUCUGGUCCCAAUGACAUUGCACAGAAGUCUUAAAGAAAUGAUCGGGGCUCUUUUGAGCAUCAUCCAUCUGAAGCUAAGUAUUUUGAAGUCCUUUUAACCUGAAUGGGAAUUCUGUGCACAGAAUUACAACAUCACAGUGCUUAACUUUGGCUGGAUAAUGUCCAGUAUUGUUUAGGUUCAGGAUGCUAGGAUUUAAUCAUAUAUUCACACUUCCUUCUAAUAUAUCCAGAAAUAUGGGUAAGCGCCUGAUCAUUGUUGUGGCGGGACAAGUCAGAUUGUUGUUGUAUGAACAGGACUUGCAGCUUUUUUUUUAUGUCUUCCUCACCAUAAUAGCCUCCAAAUUAAUCCUUUAGUGAAUGGAACUAGAAACAGCUGUUUGUAGCUGAGGCGGUAAUUUUAAAAAAAAUUGAUGCCCUUACAGUGUUAUUUACCUUUUGUUCAUUUAAUUGUUUGACAUACUGCUUCUUUUAAAAAUGAACACUUUUACACUGCAAUUCUACACCUUUCUAAUCCCACUGAUUUCAAUGGAUUUAGAACAUGUAACUCUCCUUUAUUAGAGAUUCAGAGGAUGCCGGAGAUCAAAAACAGGUAAAAAUAAGAAGGCAAUAGAAAGAUCUGUUAAGACUGUAGAAGCAGACUCUGGUUUGAGUUUGAGGAAUUACAUCAAAGAAAAUGCCUCUACUCUCUCCACUCAAGGAACGUGCCAUAUAUAUCAUAAUAUCAAUAAAAGAGAUUGUUUCACUAAUCCCAAAUAACAAAUGAAGACUUGCAGGAAGAAAGGCAAUUGGAAAGAAUCCUUAACCUGAGUGCCAAAGGGUGCGAUCCAAUGUAUACUUACUUAGGUGUAAGCCCCACUAGCAAACAUGCAUCGUAUUGUAUUGAAAUUUUUGUAAUCUGUGUGCCCAGUUAUGUAGGUAUACAGGAAACCAAUACUGUUUUGUUUUUAUACACUGUGCAUACAUUUUAUAAGUUGUUCAGUCUUUCAAGUUUCACUUUUGCAUAUAUAUUGUUUGAUUGGUUUAUUGUUAACAUAGCAAUCAGCCAUUUCAGUAGCCUCUCUCUCUCUCUCUCUCUCUCUCUCUCUCUCUCUCUCUCUCUCUCUCUCUCUAUAUAUAUAUAUAUAUAUAUAUAUAUAUAUAUAUA